ACAGCUCYGCAUCACGAUACCAUCCAGAACGCCAGAAGGAGCCGAUCUAAAUCAUYCGCUAGCAACACCCCAGAGARAAACAAUCAAGCGAGAGAGGAGUUUUUGGGACCCCACCGAAUUCGUUGUCGCCGAUUUACUACGAAGCUGUUCUCCAAUCGUCUACUAAACUGAUCUCGCUGGCAUCAUGUCGGACCCAUCCUUUUUGUUCGACAGCGGAAGCGAYAGCGGAUCUCUGCUCUCGUCGUCCUCGACCUGCGAAAUGUGCGGAUGGCUGGCCGCCKUUGCUGCCCUGUUGGCCUUUGGGUCCUUUGGGGUCCCAGUCAAGUCCAAGGUCGCGCGGUCCAUCGAUAUUGACCCACUAGUGAUGCAGUCCUACAAGACAGCCAUGUGCUUUCUCACUUCCUGGCUCUUUCUCCUGAUCCGGGGGGAAGAGGUUACCUUUACACCCUGGGGGAUCRUCUCGGGUUUGUUCUGGGUCCCCGGUGGGGUGGCCACUAUCUACGCCAUCAAAACGGCCGGGCUGGCCAUCGGAAUCGGCGUGGGCUCCUCAUUUAUCGUUCUGGUCUCCUUUUCGUGGGGAAUCUUCUUCUUUGAUGAACACGUUCACAGCCGGAUCCAGGCCUGCUCUGCCGUCGGCUGCAUGCUCUUUGGMCUGGCGGGGAUGGCCUACUACUCGGCCCCGACAGUUGCCCACGCGUCGCACCCCCGCGCGCCCGAAGAGAAUCCCCGGUCUGGCGACUUUGACGACGCCUUUGACGAYGCCUACUACCACGCCGUUUCGCCGGAGAAUCUGAACUUUUUGCCGCCCAGCGAGGCCUUUGAAACGGAGUACACCUCCAUGGACGUAGAGGCGGAUGCGGCCGAGGAACACGGGGCAAGCAGCGACAACUGCAACAAUKGCUUGGAGGACAACGRCSACAUCGACGAAAGCAUGGAACGGCUGGACGUUCCGAUGAUCCAGGCAGUGGACUAUUCCGAGGAAGAAACUCCGCACGUCGUCUUUUGUUGGGGAUUUCUGAGGUUGCAGGAACGAACGCUUGGAAUAUUAGCAGCCCUUGUCGUAACCGGGAUAUGGGGAGGAAGCAUAAUGGUUCCUAUGCAAUUUGCUCCGAAUGUCGACAAGGGCUUGCCCUUUCUGACCAGCUUUGCCAUCGGAGCCACACUCGUGACCCUGUCGUUCUGGUUGUUGCGGUACCUGUGUCUUUGCCACAAGCACAGCUACUCGUUUUCCACCGCGUACCGGGCGCUGCCUUCGUUCCACUUCAAGAAGAUGUGGCCCUACGGGUGCGGCUGUGGCCUGCUCUGGAGCAUCGGAAACUUUUUUUCGAUCGUGGCCGUGGAGAACCUUGGGGAGGGCGUCGGAUACAGCGCCUGCCAGGCGUCCAUGCUKGUSAGCGGGCUGUGGGGGAUCUUUUACUUUAAGGAAAUCGAGGGGACCGACGCCAUUCUGAAAUGGUACGCCUCGGCCUCCAUCACGGCCCUCGGAAUAAUCCUCCUUAGCUACGAGCACCACGAGCUGUAGCGAUWCGGUUCGGUUCGAUUCAAUUCUAUUUGAUUUGAUGCCAGUCACAUCGCAACCGCAACAAUCACCAAACUCUGCGAGUCGCAAAAGUGGAUGAAUUAUAUGCAUGUAUUGCUGUAAACGUUCCGAGACAACACAAUUCUGGUCGAGACCAUUYCUACUUGCACAAUUAGUAUGRCRCAUUUUACUGUAUGUACAAACAGUUKCCGUACUAUGGCUAGCUCGGGUAAUUUAGUUAAGUGGCAAAAGCAAGUUAUCAUGUUGUUAUUAUAAUGAUCUAUGGGAAAGCUCAAUCGAGCCACCAAAUCCSAUGUGUUGCUUUUUGUCGUUGUUGCGUAUACGAUCUGGUUUGGUUUUGUGAAWAGUGUUGCAAAGUAUACGGUUCGAURCGGUUUGGAGUCCUUUUAGAGCAGCGUCAUGGGCAUCAGGACCACGAGGGGAACGCCGUACAGAAUCAGCUCCAUGGGGUGCUCCGACCGCAUUCCAUAGAGGCCGUACAGGCUGUUCCCCCACGCCACCGCCAUCAAGACCCUCGAGGCGAGUUUGUGGAUCUUGCGGUACAGCUUGUUGGUCUUGUCGAUCCCAAAGUCGGGGUGCAGAAAUACGGCGCCGGCCAGCAUCGGGAGCGCCAUCAUCGCCACCACGGCGAUCCCGACCUUCCCGUGGACCGACGUAAAGUGGGGCCGCUGAUAAAGGUUCUUGUUGUGGUAAAUGGCGUACACGCCACCGAGCGAGACGAAAAAGCCCARGCUCGCCAGGAUUCCGUGCAGCUUGGUGUUGGUGUAGCCCCCGAGUUUCUUGGUGACCGCGGCGAUCCCCAUGGAUCCCGUCAUGCCAACCGUCAUCAAAAAGGGGUGCCACGAAAAGGGCGACUUCCACUUGCCCUUGGGGCGGGUGGACGCGUACCAGCCGAGAAAGACCGAGUACAGCACAAAGGUCGCCACCAAAAUCCGGUAGGUGGUGGGGGARGGAGCCUGGUUGCUCUUGGAGGGUGCCUUUUGGUCCAGUGGCAGGGUGUUUAUCGUCGUUGCGUUGUUGUCGGCGGYGGCAUUGGAUGCGCGGGGGAGUUUCCGGCGGUAUUGUGUGGGCAGAUAAGAGGAAGAAGCGUUCGGCGUCUGAGACAACAUUUAGGACUGUUCGAGAUAUUUAGGACUGUUCGAGAUAUGGAUUGGGAGGAUUCUGUUGCGUUGAAUGGCACCGAUCCGUGCGGAAUUCGAAGCUCGUACUGCCAAAUGGGUUGGUUACCGCGCAACAAAGUGGUUCAUUCUAUUCCUCUAGUCACGGCAACGAUGCUUCUCACGUAAAAUGGUGGUUUUCGUGCUUGCCAUGCAAUAUGGGGCACAGCGAGCGACAGAUCGAUGGAUUCGAUUCAAUGUGAUUUAAUUCGUUUCGUUUCGAUUCGAUUUCAAUGUUUGAUUCACUAUGCGGAURGAYAGUUUGAGU